UGUGUGAGUGUACGUGUGUGAGUGUACGUGUGUGACUGUACGGUGUAUGAGUGUACGUGUGUGACUGUAUGGUGUGUGAGUGUACGUGUGUGACUGAACGGUGUAUGAGUGUACGUGUGUGACUGUAUGGUGUGUGAGUGUACGUGUGUGACUGAACGGUGUAUGAGUGUACGUGUGUGACUGUACGGUAUGUGAGUGUACGUGUGUGACUGUACGUGUGUGACUGUACGUGUGUGAGUGUACGGCAUCUUUCCGCUGAGUGGAAUAAACACAUUAUGGACUCACCGCUCAGAAAAGGUUUCCACAGACAGGAAAUUAAUCAAACUAAAUGGGAAAUCCCUCUGCAUUAUAGAGAUUUGGUAGCCGUGGGUUCUGGGGCGUAUGGAACAGUAUGUUCAGCCAAAGACGUGAAGACGGGACAAACGGUAGCCAUAAAGAAGCUCCAACGUCCGUUCCAGUCCUUGGUUCACGCUAAAAGAGCCUACCGGGAGCUGCGUCUCCUCAGACAUAUGAACCAUGAGAAUGUUAUUUCUCUUCUCGAUGUGUUUACGCCCGAUGACUCUGUGGAAAGUUUCCAGACCUUUUACCUGGUGAUGCCGUUUGUACCCCUGGACCUGGCACGGUUCAUGAAAAGGUGCAAACUCAAUCACAGCACGACAGUUUAUCUUCUGUACCAGAUUCUCCGUGGCUUGCAGUAUAUCCAUUCUGCUGGGAUCGUGCACAGGGAUCUAAAACCAAGUAAUUUGGGAGUGAAUGAAAACUAUGAUGUGAAGAUUUUAGAUUUCGGGCUGGCUCGGCAGACGGAACCCGAAAUGACGGGAUACGUGGUGACCCGGUGGUACCGAGCUCCAGAAGUGAUCUUUAACUGGAUGCAUUAUAACCAAACAGUGGAUAUCUGGUCUGUUGGGUGCAUUCUGGCCGAAAUGAUAACGGGUCGUGUGUUGUUCCCCGGCGGAGACCAUUUUGAUGAGCUAAAAAGGAUAAUUGAAGUUAUAGGCAGCCCAGAAGCAUCGCUGAUUAACAGAAUGGAAAGCACGCAUGCCCAGAACUACUUAAAAAUGCUCCCUCAGAAACCGAGAAGGAAUUUUAAAGAGCUUUUCCCGAGAAUGAGCGCUCACGAGGUUGAUCUUCUAGAGAGGAUGCUGGAUUUGGACCCUGAAUCCAGAAUAACCGCCGCGGAAUGCCUGGCUCAUCCCUACCUAGAAGAAUAUCAAGAUUCAGAUCCAGAGCCACCUGCGGAGAAAUACGACGAUUCGUUCGAAAGCGUAGACUUACCCAUUCAUGAGUGGAAAAGUCUAAGCCAUAUGGAAAUAAUGACCUUUGAACCUCGGAAUCCUUGUGAAACGGCUUUGUAACUGUAUAUAAAAGCUCUAGAAAUGCAACAACUCGUCUAAAUAACAUUUGUGGGGUUUUUUUAUUGAAAGUUGGGUUGUUAUUUAAGGACUCUGUGACUAGUCCCUCGUAUAGAGCAAAUAUAAUGUAGAUACAUUCAUGAAAGAAUUAAGACAUUGCUGUACAUAAAACGCCAUGUUUGUAUGACCUGAAGACUGGGGUAUAUUAGCAACACGUAUAUGGAAUAUACACAGUUCCUUAUGUUGGCAAACUUGGUUUCCAAUACUGACAAUUGCUUUUCUAUUAUUAUUUUAUAUUAUGCAUGAAAUAAAACGUACGUUCCUCCAAGUUUCAAUACGCAGAA